AGUCGCGUGUUGAAAGUGAAACGUGACAGACGGCGACGGAGAUAGUAAAAAAAGAGAGAUAUAUAUAUAUAUAUAUAUCUAUUGAGUGGGAGAGGGAGAGCGAGAUAGUUGAGCCACUGUAGCAGCUUAAAGCAACUUGCGAAUUAGCCAAGCAAACAAAGCUUUUUCUUUUUGUUUUUAAUUUGUAUAUAGACCCUGAUUCAUACUGAACUACGUACUUUGGAGCCAUGGAUCAAAAGCGUGCCAUGCUUUAUCCCCCAGUGGAUUUACAAAUGCCGAGCGCUCCACUGCCGACACCGUUAAUCGGAGAAGAACCUGCAACCGGAAUAACUGGACCUAUUGAAGCACCGCCAUCAUAUGAUGUGGCAAUCGCAGCUCACCAUCAUGCCACACCUGAUGCUUCUCCCCCCGCUCCAGUGAUCAUUGUGAAUGCACAACCGUUACCAAUACACCAACCACAACAACAACAUCAACAACAACUCGAGCCGACAAUUGUGUCAGCAGCUCCAUCCAAUUUGGGCCCCAAUCCCUGCCGCGUGCUGUGUCCGGCUUGUGGCGUCCAGAAAACGACGCGAAUGACGCACACGCCAAAUGCACGGACUCACCUCGCUGCAGCCCUCAUCUGCCUAGUGGGGUGGUGUUUCUGUGCCUGUUUUGUGCCGUACUGCAUGAACAGUUGCCGCACUGGAAAUCAUUACUGUCGCAAGUGCAACACCUUCCUGGGUGUUUACAAUCCACAGGGUAUUAAAUGAGAUACGUACAGAUGCGCACGAGAUUAAACUAAGAUAAGAUAAGCUAAAUUUAAACUGUUGACAUAAGCAACUGCAGAUCGCAACAGCUGUUUAUUGUUUUAAUUAUGUACGUAUUUGUUUAAGUCUGCCUAUUAUAAAUAACUAAAUAAUAACACACAUGCAAACAUACAUAU